GUCCUAAUGAUCCAAAUAAACGGAGAGAGAGAGGGGGAGAGCUAAUGGAUCAUCUAUCAGUCAUCACCUUAAUAAAUUUUUGAAGAAUCAAAGCGAGUAGUCUAUUAUGUGCGUAUCGUUUGCCAAGUGAUCGAAGUAGCUAGUAGUCCCCUUAAUUGAUUGUGAGUAGUGUGGAAAAAAUUAAUAAAAUGGUGAUGGAAUCGUCGCGGUCUUUGGAGUAUACGCCGACAUGGGUAGUCGCUGUUGUCUGCUCCAUCAUUGUUCUCAUUUCCCUUUGCGCCGAACGUGCUCUUCACCGUCUCGGAAAGUGGUUGGAGCGUAAGGGACAACAUGCACUGUUUGAGGCCUUACAAAAAUUAAAAGAAGAAUUGAUGCUUUUGGGAUUUAUUUCCCUUUUAUUAACCGUCUUUCAAGGUCUUAUUAGUCACAUGUGCAUCCCAACUUAUCUUCAGUCUCACAUGCUUCCAUGCAAGCGGGAUGACAACGUUUCCUCACAUGAAUCUGAGAUCAACAUUCGCCAUGAUCAUCUAAUUGAAAAAAAUGGUCGACGACUUUUAUCAACAGAUAAUGGUUUAGAACAUUGUGGGCAAAAGGGGAAGGUUCCAUUAUUAUCACUUGAAGCAUUACAUCAACUGCACAUUUUCAUAUUUGUAUUGGCGGUUGUUCAUGUAAUCUUUUGUGCCACUACCAUGGUUCUUGGAGGAGCAAAGAUACGUGAGUGGAAGCAUUGGGAAGGUUUAAUUAAACAAGAAAGUUCAGGAUCAAAACGUGGUGCAUCAUAUGCCCACCAUAUUCGUGAGUUUUUCUCCAAACAUACAAUUGGGCGUUGGCGAAAGACAGCUGUUGUUAGUUGGCUGGUAUCAUUCUUCAAACAAUUUCAUGGCUCGGUAACCAAAUCAGACUAUAUUGCACUCAGAGAAGGAUUUAUGAUGACUCAUUGUCCCGGAAGAUAUAACUUUGAUUUUCACAAGUACAUGAUGCAAACGCUAGAAGAUGAUUUCAGAAGGGUUGUUGGAAUAAGUUGGUACCUGUGGCUCUUUGUUGUGCUGUUUUUGCUGCUGAAUGUGGGAGGAUGGCACACCUAUUUUUGGUUAUCCUUUCUACCCUUGAUUCUUCUGCUUCUAGUUGGUGCAAAGUUAGAACAUAUCAUCACCCAGUUGGCUGAGGAUGUUAACAUUGAGAGGAGCACAGGGGAGCAUGGUGCCGUGAAGCCUUCUGACAAACAUUUUUGGUUUGGUCGCCCCAGCAUUGUGUUUUACUCCAUUCACUUCAUUCUGUUUCAGAACUCCUUCGAGAUAGCCUUCUUCUUUUGGAUCUUGUGCACGUACGGGUUCAAGUCAUGCAUCAUGGAAAAAGUAGGCUAUAUUGUCCCAAGACUAAUCAUGGGAGUGAUUGUCCAAGUGCUUUGCAGUUACAGCACCUUACCUUUAUAUGCUCUCGUCUCCCAGAUGGGUAGCCUGUUCAAAAGAGCAAUGUUUGACACUCACAUGCAAAAAGUACUUCAAAAUUGGGCUGAUAGUACGAGGAGUGGAGGCGAAGGAAGACAAAGAGGUGGCUCAUCCAUUACUGCAGUUGGGCCACAGAACACGUAGAAUGACCAUAUGGUGAUUUUCAUAUUGCAGAACAAACUUACGUUGGCUGACAAUAUUGGAAGAAUAUUACAAAAUCAGUCUUCACAUCCAUUUUCCUGAAAAUACUGUCUCUACAGUCACCUUAGUUGAUAAAGUCAGACUAUAAUAAAUCUUCAUUAAGAGCUCCCCAAUACUUGGUGGGUCUAUGUAAAUACAUUUUGGUGUGUGCACAAGCACAAUAGUAAAGAUUCUUGUGAUAUAAGCGAUAUUAAUAUUGAUU